AUGAAUGUGGUGACAAAAGACCCGCUGAAUGUAGAAACAGUUUCAGAAGUAGAAAAAUUAUAAAGAUUUUGGGAAAACAAUAAAUAAUUUUACUUACUAGUCAAAUAUAGUAGUAAAAAAAUUGAUUUCAAACGAAUUAUUUAUAAGCCGAAAUAUUUUGGGAGAAAAUCUAUGGAAAAUAUAGACAAAUGUAUAGAUAAAUUUGAAGUAAUAGUUAUUGUUAAUGAAUGGGGGAAGACAGAAAAAGCAAUGAUAUAAAAAAAUAAAGUGAUAGUAGGUCAAAAUUAUAUCAAAGAAUAGGUACAAAGUAAGAAGUGGUUUGAAGUUUUGAACCAUACAUACCACUGUCGUUUCACGGCCUACAGGACUGUGUUAAAGGGGGCGAAAUAACCUAUUUUCUGAACGCAAAAGAGGUGUCGGUGAAUUCCCAAACACGCCCCAAAUACUUUUUGAACGAGUCUGGUGACUUUGGACAGCGUUUCUAAACGCACUCCAGUACUUGUAUUUAAUAACCGCUCAUAGAUAAUAUAUAAUUCAUGUAUCUAUCUAUUAUAUAUUAUUAUCUAUAUAACCGCUACAAUAUUAUUGAUUUUGGAUGAUUAUGUAUUAUUUAAUAACGAAAUAUUGAGGUUAUUGUUAUUUGUUGUUUUAUAGCUUGCUCUACGAAAGGCGAAACACAUGUGUGAUUUAAUGUUUGAGUUUUUAAAAUUGACUUCAUUUUUUUCUAUUUAAAACAACGCGUGUUUUAAUGUAGGUUAAAUCAUUUGUUUUAAACAAAACUAUAUUUGGUUUAAUGGUAUACAUAUUUUAAUUGUAUAAAUUACUAGUUAUAUAUUUUUUUUUUUUACUGUUUAAUUAAAAUUAAUCACUAACAGAAAUCGUUAUAAUUAUUUAAAUAAUGGCAUAUACUUGAUAUUUCUAGAAACAGGUAAUUCAAUUAAUUUGUAAUUGUAUACACAUAAAAAAAUGUUAGUAACUACCUAACCAAUAAGCAGUAUUUGCAUAUUACUAUAUAAUUUUUUAUACAACCUGUAAUACUCAAUUUUCAGUUUAAAAUAAAUUGUUAUUCCAAAUCAUCUCUAUGCCACAGAGUUUUUGUGUUGAACAAAAUAAAUAUUGUCUAGUACUACCUAGAGAGACUUUAUAACAGCAUAAUCGUAUAUUAUAGACUCUAGUAUUAUGUAAAUAUAAAUCGUAGUUUAGUUUUUUGAAUUUCCUAUUAUUAAAAUUAAAAUAAUUUAAAAUCAACAACUAUUUAAGAAGUCUAUGUUUUACACAUGAAAGGUAAAGUUAUAAAAAUGUCUAAUUUUAGACAACAAAACAAUAAAAUAAAAAAAUAUUGAUAUUAGAAAUGUGUGGACAUGGCUUUUGGUUAAUUUGUUUUAAUAAUUGCCACUUAUCACUUGACAGCAACAUAAAACAGCGUUCAAUAUUAAGAUAUAAUUAAUAAUGUUUAUUAAUAUAAGUAGUUUUAAUAAUAUAAUAUAAUAAUAGUCUUAUAAAUGAAAUUGUAUUGUAAGGAUAGUAUUGCAGUUUGCAGUUUCACAGUGCAUUAUUAUAUGGUGUAGUUUACUACUACACUAGAUUUAAGAUAUGUGGGCAUAUUAAUUAUAUUUUAAAAAUAUAAGAAGUUUAUAGUAAUUUAACUUUAAUUCAUAGUAAUAAUAAACAAUUUGAACUAAAUGGUUAAUAUACUUAUAUAUAAAAUACUGAAUAACAUGGACUUUUUGAACUGUUUUUUUUUUUUUUUUAUGUUUUAAACAUAUUUAAAAAAAAAAGUAGUUAUUCACCAUAGUUGGUUAACACAUCAAGUUGGCAAGCUUGGUACUUGAUUAUUACAUUCGUUAAUUUUAUGGUUCACUUUUGUUAAGCAUCUAAUAUAUCAUGAAGACAUUUAUGAUGAUUUAUAAUCACGAAUCAAUCAAAUUUUGACAUUGAUAGCUAGUAUCUUCACUUAUAUUAGACCCUAAGUAAAAAAAAAAAAAAAAAACAUACAUUUUAUAGUAGACUAUAGUACCUAACUAUUUAUUUUUUCAGUAUUAUAAUAACUGAUAUUUAUACAUGAUUUAACUCAAAAUAAAUCAAACAAUUUAGAUUGAAAAUAUCAAUGAAAGUGAAUUCUGAUUAAACAUCAAAAAUUAAAAAUUUGAUUAACAAUACAUUAAUAAUAUUAGAUCAAAAUAAUUGUAAAAAAGGUAUAUUUAUGAAUUGAUUGUUAAAUAGGUACCAUUGAAAUAAUUGAAGAACAGAAAAUUGAAGAAGAAGGAUACGAAAAGGACCCAGUUAUGAGAGACGAUUUCAAUAAAGGUUUAAGGGAUCUGAAAAAUAAAAAAGCAGUAGAAAUUGUUGGAAUGAAAGCGGAGGUGUGAAAGAAAUCAUGGAAAAAAGUUAAAAGCAAAUUAUAAGAUAAGGGAAGAAAGCAAUGACAUAGAUUUAAUUGCUGAAAAUAAGGAAGAUUUGGAGCUACUAAUUAAAAUUAUGGAUGAAAUAUUCAUUAGGAACUUUUGUAUAAAAUAAAUAUGCAAAAAAAAGGACUUGUUUUUGGAAAGGAAAAUAAAACCACAGUUCAGAUAAAACUACGAGGACCAAAUAGUGAAACAAGUAGAUGGAUUUGUAUACCUGGGGAGCACAAUCAGCAGUGAUGGGAGAAACAGAGAUAAAUAACAAAACGCAUCUGUCAACUUAAAAUAGCCUUUAACAAUAAGAAAAAUCUACUUUCAUCAAGAAACAUCAGCCUAAAAACAAAGAAAAAUGUAUUGAAGACAUAUGUAUGGAGUUUAGUCCUUUAUGGUUGUGAAACCUGGGCAAUAUUAACAUAAGAACGAAAAAAGAUAGUCAUUUGAAAUGUGGUGCUAUAGAAUAAUGUAAAGGAUAAGUUGGAUGGACAGAGAAACCAAUGUAAAGGUAAUGGCAAUAAUAACCGAGGGAAAUCUAUUAUGGAAUAAUGUAGUUAAAAGACGGAACGUAUGGAUAAGCCGUAUAAUGGGACACGAUUGUUAAAACAGAUUAUAGAGGGAAGCGUAGAGAGGAAGAGCCAUAUGGGAAGACCAAGAUUAGAAUAUAAUCAACAGAUAAUAAAAGACCAAGAAUUUACUAAGUAUUGAUUUUUUAAAUUUUAUGUAUGAUAAAACUCGGUACUCAGUUAAUAUUUAGGCAUUGGAUGUUGAUUUUAAUUUGUAUUGCACGAUAUCAGCGCCUGGUUGAUGGUAUUAGCUAUACUACUGAAUUGAUUUUGCUUGAUAGCUCUCAACAGGUUACUAGCAUAUACAUGAAAGGUCAUGAGCAAGCUACCAUUGCCCUUUCCAGGACUUUAUCGCAAAAUUUGUAA